CGAACCAUCAUCAGGCAGCGCCGUAGACAUGCAUCCUGGAAGAUAUCCCCCUGUGUCAGACGAUUCAACCUCUGGAAGGCUCUCAACCAUGCAUGGUACGUGCAGCUGCAGAACCAUGCAAGACUAGCCGAGGCACGCGCCGGCGGGUCCCCACGCAGUCUGAGGGCACCUCACUGGCAUGGUGACCAGCUGGUCAUACUUCCCAUCUUGGCACAAAGGCAUCAGACAGGUAUAUAUCAGGAGCAUUAUGGGCGCUCCUCAGCAUCCCCCACGACCGUCUUUUCUUCUUUCUCUAGCACCCAUUUUCCUUCCCCCCACACGCACUACUGCUAUGACCGACCCGCUCGAGAAACUCAUCACGAAGACAUUCCUCCCCAUUCCCGAGACUCCGUACAAGGAAUGGCCCGAAGAUCUCAGGAGAGAAGCGAGGCUGGCGCCGGAGGACUCUGACCUGGUGUUAGAGGUCUUCAAUCUCGACCGGUGAGAGACUCACAGCAACACGCGCGACAGCAUAUGACAGCAACGAUGCAACGAG